AUGUCCAAUUUCCAGUGUCCUUCAUGCGGUAAAGCCAGUUUCAGAGAUCAGGUUGCUGUUGCUCGUCACAUGAGCCAGCCUCGCUCAGGAUGUAGCACCUGGCUACAGGAUUUAAUACAUGACUUGGACGGACCGAAUAUUCCCGGUGGUGGGCCUCAGGCUGAGGUUGAGUUCACAUUCGGAGAUAGAGACGAGUCAUUUGAAGGUAGCGGUGAGAGUGGUGGCCAGGCCUCUGAGGAGGGAUUACUUCCGAAUGGUGCCUCAGAUUUCGUCGACCAAUAUCCCGAAUCUUCUCGGACGUAUGGCAUGGGGUACACCUUCCUCGACUUAUUCAAUUCUGAUGAGAAUAGUGUGUACCGUGCCAAGAAUCCCUAUUACCCAUUCAGUGGCCGGAAGGAUUGGGAGAUUGCAUCGUGGUUACUGCGCUCAGGAUUGAGCAUGGGGAAGAUAGACAGUUUUUUAUCACUCGACAUAAUUAAGGGUCUUCCAAUAUCUUUUUCCUCGGCCAAGGAACUGCGAGGCAGAGCAGAAAUGUUGCCCAGUGGUCCACGCUGGAUGUCCCAAGUGCUCUCUACGAGUCAUCCCACCAAAUCACCCGUCAUUUUGUACUGGCGUGAUCCCUUGGACUGUAUUUCAGCCAUUCUGAAUCAUCCCUUUUUUCACGAUCGGUUAGACUUCAUGCCUCGCAGGGUCUAUACUACUGCACAACGCUUGUGUCGUGUAUAUUCAGAAUGGAUGACAGGCGAUGACGCAUGGAAUAUGCAGUCUGCCCUACCCAAAGGCGCAACACUCCUUGGAACCAUUCUAUCAUCCGACAAAACGAAUAUAUCCACGAUGACGGGUGACAGAGUUGCACACCCGCUUCUCACAUCGUCCAACUCCUUUGUACUCACCGCCUUGCUCCCCAUACCUAAAUUUAUACAUAAGAAUAAACGCAUGCGAGGUGUACUCGAGGAUCGCUUAAUUCAUGAAUGUUUAGAUAUCGUCCUGCGUCCACUCAAGCAGGCUGCACGUGAAGGAGUCAUGUUAUCAGACCCUCUGGCUGUCGUUCAAACAAGGGCAGAUCCCAACGAUAUUGAAGCCUUCUUUCGCGAAGCGCAGAAAUUUCACCUGAACGGUGUCUCUAAACCUUUCUGGCAGGACUGGACCCUUGGUGAACCGUCUCAUUUCCUCACUCCAGAAUUUCUGCAUCUCAUUCACCGAGAAUUCUACGAUCACGACGUCAAGUGGAUGAUUUGUGCGGUCGGGGAUAUGGAAAUUGAUUUCCGGUUUUCUGUGUUGCAGCCCGUCACUGGCUUUCGUCAUUUUUACGGUGGUAUCUCCAAGCUAAAACAGCGUUCGAUCGUUGCAGUCAGUGCGGACGCAGCACCUAGUGCUGUGAUCACUGCUGUCCGAGCAUUGAUGGAAUUUCGGUAUCUCAUCCAGUCACCACGUAUUGAUGAAGACGACAUCAAGCGCAUUUCUGGAGCCCUCGAUGAAUUUCACGCCAAUAAACACGCUAUCACAGCUGGAGGAUUUCGUCGAGGCAACAAGAACAAAGUUAUCGAUAACUGGUACAUUCCAAAAUUGGAGCUCAUGCAGAGUAUAGUUCCCAGCAUCCGCAACACUGGUGUCGCCAUGCAAUGGACUGCAGACACAACAGAGCAUGCACACAUUACAGAGAUUAAAGACCCCGCGCAAUCAAGCAACAACAACAACUAUGAUCCUCAAAUUUGUCGACAUCUCGACCGGGUUGAUAAGUGCCGUCGCUUUGACCUUGCAAUGAGUCUCGUGGAUGGUAUGGCAAGCUCGAGGCUACAGGAUGACAAUAUUGGUGAUGAUAUCCUCCAGCAUAAGGAGGUUGGGACUGUCCCUCUGCCAUUGCGCACAUUCGUCAUCGGACGCACGGCCUAUCAUCUCACAUAUUCCCCAUCCAUCAGAUCCAUCUCCAUCAACGAUGCUGCUAUCAAAUUCGGCCUUCCUGACUUACGGCUGGCCAUUGCUGAUUUUCUUCGUCGCGAAGCUACCCACGGACAGAAUUAUGUCCACACAAUUGGGGGAGCCAGGAGGGCUGGACCUACUGCUUCCCUGCCAUUUGAUAAAAUUCAAAUCUGGUUCAAACUUCGCCUACAGGACACAGAGUUUCACGACAGUAGCAUCAUACGGCCCGCGCAGACCCUGAAUUGUGUGCCGCCUUCUGAUGUCUGGAACUCUGGUAGGUACGACUCAGCUAUUGUGAACAACGAGUCAGGGUGCCUUUGGCCUGCUCAUGGUCUUCGUGGUCACACAAUUGGUCAAAUUAGACUUAUCAUGCGUCCAGUUGGAAGAAUCAACACGGAUUGGUCAUGGGAGGACUGUUUCCUUGUCUAUAUGUACCGGUUUGAUGGUACAACAAGCGCUCGUGAUCCUGCCACACAGUUGCACUCGAUCAGAAGGGCGAAACGUUCUAACGGUACAUUAGUGGGCGAUAUUAUACCACUGACGCAGAUCAAGGCUCCUGUUAAUCUCAUUCCUCGCUUUGGAGCCAGUGCAGACAGCCGUUUUACCUCACAGAACAGCAUGGAGCACGCGUCAGAGUUUUGGGUAAAUAAAUUUUGGGACAAGAACACAUUCUUUCCGCUCUCUAUGUAG